GAACGGGCCACGAAGCCGAGAAGCCUAAAAACAGAAACGAGGUGCGAGCGGGUGUAGAAACGGGGAAGUCUAGACGCGGCUCCGCAGCGCCUGCAAACCGCGCCGCCGAUGCGCGCGCGACUGGCUGCGGAUAGCCGCUUCCUGGCGCCUAGUGGAGCUGUGCCGCGACUCGGGCGUGGUCUGGCCGAGACGGCGGGAGCAGCGCGGCGGUGCGGUGCGGUGCGGUGGUGCCAUUGCCAUUGCCGGACUGAGGACGGAAAGCUAGGAAAAGAGGCUGAAGGAAAGAAGUGGAAAAGCUGCUUACUUACGGGCACGCUGUAGUUACUUACCGGGUCAUGUCGGCGCUCCUGUGUCUCGCAUGUUUUUUUGCGCUGUUGGGUGUGGUUUGGAGACGCGCCGAAUGAUCGGUGCGGAGUGUGGGG